AUGUCGGUUUAUAUCAGUAACUCCUUUGCAGGCUCCAGCUGUCGACACAUCACAUUUCCUUGGAUAUAUAUUUCGACUUGUCAGUCAGAAGUUACCGGUCAAUUAUUUGAGGUGACAUUGUCUUCCAUUACCCUGAACCUGGUGGCAUUUGAGCACAUGCCCAUCGAGUUCCUCGGAAGGACGACAAUAAUAUCGGCGAAAGUAACUUGGGAGUAUUAUAUAAAGGGCCACGCACAACGUAUACUUCGUUUAUUGUCUGUACCAGCCACUACUGUUUCCUCUUAUCCGUCUCGUAGUUGCUUGAUUGCUUAUGGAGUUCACCCAGCGGAAAGUUGGGGGGAGUUCAAAUACUUUGAGUAUUAA